UUGAUGAUAUAUACUUCAAUUUGAAGUACUACAAGUUCUUUUUCCUUUUGAUUUCUUAUUUCCUUAAGUUCCAAAUAGGAGGGUAAACAAGUCAAAAAAAAAAAAAAAUGCUUUUGAGAAUCCUCCUUAUAGUACUGUUAGCCACUUCAUUGUUUUCCACCUCCUGUCAAGGAAAAAAGAAAAUUGGAAAACCAAAAAAGCAUGGUAAUAAUGUGAAGAAAAAGCCACAUACAAAUGCAAUUAUUGAUAUACAAGAUUUUGGAGCCAAAGGUGAUGGACUCUCAGAUGAUACACAGGCAUUUAUUAAAGCUUGGGAUAAAGCAUGCAAAGCAGAAAAUGGUGUGCUUUUGAUUCCAAGGCACAAGAUAUACUACAUUGGACCAAUUAAGUUCCAUGGUCCUUGUAAGAAAGGACUUAGAAUGAUGAUAAAUGGAGAACUCAGAGCUUCAAAAGAUUUAUCAGAUUAUAAUGAAGACAGAAGACAUUGGCUAUUAUUUCAAAAUAUGGAAAAUUUUGUAGUUGAAGGUGUUGGAAGCAUUGAUGGCAAUGGACAUGUAUGGUGGAUACGAUCUUGCAAAGUUGAUAAAACAAUUCCAUGCAAUACAAAAACACUAACAAUCCCAACUGCUAUGACAUUUUAUAAUUGUACAAAUUUGAUAGUGAGAAAUUUAGAGUUAAAGAAUCCACAGAAAAUGCACUUAACAAUUACCAAAAGUAAACUUGUUGAAGUUUCAAGAUUGAAAAUUACAGCACCUGCUGAUAGCCCCAACACUGAUGGCAUUCAUGUUUCUGGGACAAAAAAUAUUGAUAUCCACCAUUCUUAUAUUGGAACAGGUGAUGAUUGCAUCUCUAUAGUAAGUGGUUCCACUAAUGUUAGAGCAAGAUAUAUACAUUGUGGACCUGGUCAUGGAAUCAGUAUUGGAAGUUUGGGGAAAAAUAAAGAGGAGGAUACUGUUUCAAAUAUUUAUGUACAUGAUGCCACCUUGAGGGGAACAACUAAUGGAUUAAGAAUAAAAUCCUGGCAGGGAGGACGUGGAUAUGCAAAAGAUAUUCUUUUUCAAGAUAUUGAUAUGGUGAAUGUGACCAACCCCAUAAUCAUAGAUCAAUUUUACUGUGACCAAGAUAAACCAUGCAAAGAGCAGAAAGAAGCAGUGCAAGUGAGUAAUAUAAUGUACAAAAAUAUUAAGGGAACAAGUUCUACGCCAACUGCAAUUAAAUUAAAAUGCAGUAAAACUGUUCCAUGCAAAGGGAUACAAAUGGAAAAUGUGAAUAUACGUCACCAAGGAGGUUCAACUGUCAAAGCUUUAUGUGCAAAUGUUAAAUACACAGCAAAGGGAGUGUUAUUCCCAAAAUGCCCUUCCGAACGCCCGUGGUCAUUUUUGUGGAAUUAAUUAAUACAAUUUUUAUUUUUAUUUUUCCCUUUCUCCUUUGUACAUGCCACUUUAUGAAUGCUCUUGAGAUAGUCAUAGUUAUUGGCAUUUAUCCAACAGAAAAUUAGUUCUAUUAUAUAAGGGAGUAGGAGGAAAUCAUACAUAAAGGAAGUGCAAUUAUACAGUCAUGUUUGGAUAGGAAUUACAAGUGCUAUUGUAUUAUGUAUUUCUCAAUGUAAGUUAGUGUUGUGAAAGUUUCUUUUUCCCUAUAAUAAUAUAUA